AAUCAAGAGACAUUAUAGUUAAUAUGAAUCCUGACUACCUUGAAGAAUUUCCUAUCUUUGAAGACCCAGACAGAGAUAUGGAUGCUUUCGCCGAAGAAACAGGCUACGAAGGAACUUUCACUGGCAAGCAGUUCCUCUUCCAAGAAAUUACUAAUCCAAAUAUGGAGGUUUACGACCAUUUCAACCCCUACGAUGAGGAUGAGUGCAUUAUCCAAGGAAGUAUGGCCAACAGAGACUUUUACAAAGACAAUUACGGGAGUUACGAAUCCCAAGAGCCUGAGCUUGGAGAUGAUAAAGAGGGUUCCCAACCCCGAGGCAGGGACGAUAAUUCCUUCAAACCCUUUGGCGACGUUGAUGAUCUUGGAGCUUCCCGAGAAAACAAUGAUGGAGCCAGAGAGACCUUCAAAAUUCAAGACGGAUUCAUGGGCUACGAAGACCUCGUAGUAGAGACUAAGGAAUCUGAAAACCCGCAUCCUGAUAUGCAACAAACCGCUGAAGAUUCUGAAAACUUCUUAGGAUACCACCAAGAGGAGGCGAAACAAGAGAACAACAAAAGUUCUGGAAAUACUGAAGAGGCUGCUGAAGAGGUUGCUGAAGAGUCCAGUAAAAAUGAAGAUAAAGAUAAAGUAUUAGAGAAGCCAUCAGGCCCUCUAUUCGCACCUUUAGAUAAAUCUGCUCUCCCAAUGACAUCCAAGAUUGACUCUAUCCUCUCAAAAGAGUUGAAGAAUGUAACUCUGGAGGAGAAUUAUUUCUUAUUGCCAACACCAGAGCCUGGAGAUAGAUCGAGUAUCAAGAUUAACAUAUAUCUGUUUAACACAAAGAAAUGUGUGCAGGUGCACGCCUCCACUAAAUCAAAAGUCAUAGAUAUCAUCAGGCACAUUAUCAGCAUUACUAAAUCUGAAGUAAAGGAUCCAGCAGCCUAUGAGCUGAGGCUCAUAGACGAUGAUGAAGACUAUUACAUCCCAUUUUAUGAAAUAUCUGCCUUAGUUCCCUCAGAAACAGUCGGAGAAUUCACUUCCCUAGCCUUUGUUAAUAAUAAGAAUUAUAAGCCCCCUAAGGUUGCUGCUGACCUUAGUGAGUUAUCUAAAUCUACCUCAAAAACCCGUACUGUCUUUAGUGUGCACAUAAAACUUUCUUUCCUUUCAACUGAUCUUAAGAUGGAGAUGAAUACGAAAAUCUGCACUCUCAGAGACUUACUGAGGAAGAUUAAUAAAUAAAUAUGAUGUUGACCUUCGGGACAACCACUACUGUUUCAAGCCACAUGAGGAAGAAUCUCUUAAAGAUCCAAAUAUACAAGAGACUCUGAUGCAGAGCGAGAACUUCUUGGAUAUCAAAACGAGCUUGAAGAACUUGCCCUUCACUGACCUUGACUUAGUCCCCAAGAUUUUUGUGGAUAACCUGGGCUGAACUGGAGAUUACAGCAAAGAAGAGAUCAUCUCCUGCUCUAUAAAGAUGGGCACUAUGCCAAUGGCAGGAACUCAGAGGAACACCUUCGCCCAUCCUCCUAAGAAUUGGAGCAGAGAUACCACGAGCGAAUCCUCAGAGUCAAUGAGCAUCGAGAUCCUGAGACCCUCAAAUAGCCAAGUCGACAAAUCAAGAGAUACCAAAGAUUUCUUGUUCAAUGAACUCACUUCAAAGAAGUUGCAAGAGUUCCUGAUCAUUAAAAUUAAUGCGAAGGGCAAGCGCCAGAACAGAACUCUCGGAAUUGACGGCUACAACAUCUACAACGACAAGGUGUCUAACAGGAAGAGGAGCAAGAAGUAUACGAUAAUUAAGAAGAUCUUCAAGCCUAACGAUACCAAGAGGUCUUGCAGACCUCUUGAAACUGUUAGAUUUAUUGAGAGACUUGACUCUAAAACGUUCGUGAUCAGCUUCAAAGAGACCAAGAAAGACAAGAUUAUCAAAUAUGAGUGCCCCACUGUGGAUGUUUGUAGUGAAAUCAUGGCAAAACUCAAAUACCUAGGCAAGGAAGUGAGGGACCUUGAUAAAGAAAAGUAA